CGCUUUAAUCAAUUACUAUGAUUACGGACCUGCUUCACAUUGGUCCUGUUUUGCAUUCUGAGCUUUGAUUAUUCAAGUUCAUAGACGGAGGUAUUGCAUUUCAGUAAUAGACGAAGAUUGGUGUUUGUGUGAGGUGUCUGGCGUGAUAAAUCUUGCAUGUUCUGCGGAUUCUAUUUAUGUGGAUGGUGAGGUUUGAUUUCAAUGUUGGAAGCCAAGAGUGCUGGUUCAGACGGAUUUGAGAUUGUUAUUUGAUGGGGAACACUUGCGUAGGACCCAAUCUGGGGAACAAUGGAUUCUUAAAAAGUGUGUCCGCUGCGGUGUGGCGGGGGAAAACCCCCGAGGAGAUGCUACCUUCUCCUAAAGAAGAGGGAAAUAGCAGCAAAUCGGCAGCGGCAGCAAAACAACCAUCAGCACUGGCAUCUACAUCCGUGCCAGCACCGUCAUCUGCAUCCGUGCCAGCACCGGCACCCGCACCCGCACCUGAGACGCCCUCUAAAAAAUCCGAAGGUCCCGUUCAAAGCACAGCUCCAGAACCUGUUAAAAUCACCCAAGAGCCUAUACCUGGGGAAUCUACCAUGCCCAGUAAGCCAGCUGUGAAAGAGGAGGAAAGUAAACCAGCAGAGGCAGCGAAGCCCAAAAAACCUCCACAUAUCAGGAGGGUGUCUAGUGCUGGCCUCCAGGCAGAUUCCGUGUUGCAGAGGAAGACGGAAAAUCUAAAGGAGAAGUACAGUUUGGGUCGGAAGCUUGGGCAGGGACAAUUUGGCACGACCUUUUACUGUCUGGAAAAAGGAACUGGGAAAGAAUAUGCCUGCAAAUCAAUCGCAAAGAGGAAAUUGACAACUGAUGAGGAUGUAGAGGACGUAAGGAGGGAAAUCCAGAUAAUGCACCAUUUGGCCGGGCACCCUAAUGUCAUACAGAUCACCGGUGCUUAUGAGGAUGCAGUGGCGGUUCACGUUGUAAUGGAAUUGUGCGCAGGUGGAGAGCUAUUUGACAGGAUUAUACAGAGGGGACAUUAUACAGAACGGAAGGCAGCUGAACUUGCUAAGAUUAUAGUUGGUGUUGUGGAAGCAUGCCAUUCUUUAGGUGUCAUUCAUCGUGACCUUAAGCCCGAAAAUUUUCUCUUUGUCAACCAAGAAGAGGAAUCGGCUCUUAAAACAAUUGACUUUGGCCUUUCCGUAUUCUUUAGGCCUGGGGAAACAUUCACUGACGUGGUUGGGAGUCCUUAUUAUGUUGCUCCAGAAGUGUUACGGAAGCAUUAUGGUCAAGAAUGUGAUGUUUGGAGUGCUGGAGUUAUCAUUUAUAUUUUACUGAGUGGGGUCCCACCAUUUUGGGAUGAAACGGAGCAGGGAAUAUUUGAGCAGGUGUUAAAAGGUGAACUUGACUUUGUGUCAGAUCCGUGGCCCAGUAUCUCUGAUAGUGCAAAAGAUUUGGUCAGGAAAAUGCUUGUAAGGGACCCAAAAAAGCGGCUCACAGCUCAUGAGGUUCUUUGUCACCCAUGGGUACAAGUUGAUGGUGUUGCUCCUGAUAUGCCUCUUGAUUCCGCAGUCCUGACUCGCUUGAAGCAGUUUUCAGCCAUGAACAAACUCAAGAAAAUGGCAAUCAGAGUCAUUGCUGAGAGCCUUUCUGAAGAGGAAAUUGCUGGCUUAAAAGAAAUGUUCAAUAUGAUAGAUACAGAUCAUAGUGGCCAGAUCACUUUUGAAGAACUAAAGGCUGGCUUGGAAAGAGUGGGUGCUAAUCUCAAGGAGUCUGAAAUAUAUGCAUUAAUGCAGGCUGCGGAUAUUGACAACAGUGGUACCCUAGACUAUGGUGAAUUCUUAGCAGCAACCCUCCAUCUGAAUAAAAUUGAUAGGGAGGAUCAUUUAUUUGCGGCUUUCUCAUACUUUGACAAAGAUGGAAGUGGUUACAUCACAAAAGAUGAGCUCCAACAAGCAUGUGAGGAUUUCGGUAUAGUUAAUAUCACCAUGGACGAUUUGAUCCGAGAAGUGGAUCAGGACAAUGAUGGGCGCAUAGAUUACAGUGAGUUCGUGGCAAUGAUGCAAGACAGAGUAGGUUUUGGCAAGAAGGGUCUGCAGGAUAGCCCAAGCAUUGGGUUGAGAGAAGCUUUAAAGAUAGGUUGAUAUGUGAUACUGAUUAUGUACUUCUAUAUAAAUUUGUCUUCAUGAUUUUUAGAAUUGAAGCUGACAUACUAGUUGUAAAGAUAAAACCAGUGCUCAUACGGAACAAAAUCCAGUCCAAUUUAGUUUUGGCAUGUUGUAUGUACUGUCGGUUCUUUAGUUGGAAUUCAAAUUGGAAUAGAUUAGGUUAUUUUCUUUUCUUGUA